AUGAAUGAUCUACUCAAUGUUGUUCUGGCUCGCAUUUAUAUCGUUGGGGUUAUUACAGUGGCGGGACUAGCUUUUCUGAUCUUCUAUGCCCUUCGAGACCCACUGUCCAAAGUCCCUGGGCCUUGGUACACCAAAUGGACUUCAGUUAUUAGCAUGACAGGCCCUGUCAUUCGUCCCACUCCCAAUGAAGUUUCUGUAACCAACAUCGAAGCUGCCAAGAAAAUCUACAAUGCUAGAGAGACCUUCCGUAAGACUUCCUGGCUUCUCUCGGACUCAAUGUCUGAAACCUCACUGGUGGCAGUAACACCCCAGGUCCAGACUACGAUUGAUCUAAUGAUAAAAAGAGAUGGGAAAGAGAUGGAAAACAGAGGAGUUGCAGAUGUGAUGAAGUGGUUCCUGUUUAUGACGACAGACAUCAUUGGAGAGCUUUCCUUUGGGGAUUCGUUCCGAACGCUGGAAAUCGGUGAACACACCGCCUAUACCAAAGACCUGGCAGAACUGGGCUACCUCGGUGCCGUUCACUCUGCUUUUCCCACACUCAUUGCAUUGGCAAAAUAUGUGCCCAUCCCUUACUUCAAACGUCCCCUUCGAGGCACGAAAAACAUGAAUCGUUAUGCACACCAAUCUAUUGCUCGCUACAGGAACCUCUUGGACUCUGACCCUACCAGUGUUAAAUGGACGCUCUUCACUAAAGUUUUCCAAGGCCAAGGCAAAGAAGAAGAUCUAAACCCGGUAGAACUAAGAGGCCACGCAUCGGCGUAUAUUGUUGCUGGCAGUGAUUCCACAGCAGUCACCUUCACUUACCUGGUAUGGUUCGUCUGUCGCGAUCCCAAAGUCAAGGCUGCUCUUUUGGCAGAGCUUCGAACACUCCCUGCCGAGUUUAGCAUUUCAGACGUCCGUGAUAUGAGCUACUUGAACUCAUUUGCGCUGCCUCGUUGGGUGCCUGAGAGUGGUGACAAUAUCGCUGGGUACUGGCUUCCUGGCGGCACCACGGUUUGCGCUCAGGCAUACAGCAUGCAUCGCGGCACCGAUGUGUUUCCCAAUCCGGAUGUCUUUGAUCCUUCGCGAUGGUAUAUGCCAACAAAAGAAAUGAAAGACUCGUUCAUGCAUUUUGGAAGAGGCUCACGGAUUUGCAUUGGACUUCAUCUGGCACUGAUGGAGCUGCGAUAUGGAGCUGCGCGCUUUUUCUUGACGUUUCCGGAAGCCAAGGUGUCGUCUCUGGAGGGCAUGAGUGACAAGGACAUGGCACCGAAGGUGUUUUGCUUUACAGAGCCAAAAGCCAAGCGAUGUCUGAUUCAGAGGCAAUAA